AUGGAUUAUAACUUUUAUCAAGAAGAUCAGAACUCAAAAGAAGUUCUUUCUGAUGCGCUUUAUUACAAUUUAUCUGAUCAUGAAUACACCAUUUUCGACCUAGACAAGAUUCAUCUCGUGCCUAACUAUGAUGAAAAUGAUGAUUUUGUUCCUCCUAAAGCCUUUCCAUUAGGGCUAGAUCAGCAAGAAAAUGUAGAGGUCGGAUCUUUGCCAGAUAAAUUCCACCUGGCCAAUGAAGUGUCCCUAAGUAAAGGUCUUUCAUUCCUAGAUAAAGAUAAAUAUCUGAAUAAUAAAAAUUUGCAAAAUGACUCCAUAUCAGUUAAUUCAUCAUCCCUGAAUUAUAAGGAUGAGCCAGAUAAUUUGAGUAUCAAAGUAAAUGGUUCUGUCAGAUCAGAUAGUAUGCCUUCUUCUAAUAACGUUGAGGAAGAAAAAGGAGAGAAUAGCUCUUCAGCAUCAAUGGAUAUGUCUGAAUUGAACAACCAAGCGACAGCUCCUUCAGAGAGUGUAGAGAAUGCUAAGAGCACAAAAAGAAAAGGGAGGUUUUCUCCUCAUAUCAACAGAAAAGAUAGCUUGAUUAAAAGGGCUCUUAGAGGCUGUAACGAGGUCGUAAAACAGUACUUCUUACAGCAGCUAAAGCAACAUGAAAGUGAUGCGCCUGAUUUGUCAGCUCCUAAAGACACCACUAGCGAAGAAGCUCAAUUAUUAUGUACUUUUGAAGACUUUAAAUACAACAGUUCUUUACUUUGGGAAUGGAUGAAUGAUCACCUCGAAACUCAUUUUGCUGAACAACUACUAGAGGUCUAUGACUGCCCCCUCACUGCUGAAAACAAAAGAAUCAUAUUUUCAAUUGUUUCUUACUUAAUAAGAGGCAAGAGGUGGUUUAAAGAUUUUAUUUUUGAAGGCAACGAAAGUAGGGACAAAUGGAAGAUGAUUCACAUCGCUGAAGAGUACUUCAAAUUUAAUGAUAGAGAUAGAGGUUCUAGCAGAGCUAGAGAUUUUGCUCUAAAAUCUCCCUUCAUAUGCCUAGCUAAACUCCUAUUCAUGAAAGAUAAGGCUCAUUUCAAAGUUCUUUGGAAAAAGUUAAUUCAAAGACAAGGCGCGAGCUUUCCAGAUUUAGAAGAGUUCAAAAGCAAUAUUUGCGGAAUUCUCAAUCUAAACUACUAA